UUCUGUGCCACAAAAGCAGUCCAUCAAAACAAGUAGUUUUUCUUAAAAUAGCUUACUGCAGUUUGGAGAUAGUUGAAUUGAUCAACAACAACAAGCUGUUUAUGGAUUUUAAGCAUGAUAAAUAAUAGUUUUUGUAAACAACCUCACAAGAAGUAGUGCAUUAAAUAAUAAGUUGGCAGAAAAACUUCUCGUAUUUGGUAAACAGCGCCACCAAAUCCUGCCCAAUAAGAAGAAGGUGAAAACGUGUUUAUCUGAUCUGCUGAUGUCUCGGUCAUCACUAGUGGUCUCGCUCUGCCAACCGCUCGAUCGCAAAGGAGAGACCGAAAGGCACGGAUGUCGCAACAACACUACGUGUGAAUGGUGAAUGCGAUGAUGAAUGGAUUUUCAUCUGAUGAUUUUGCUUGUUUACAUCAUUUUCCCACAUCGUUCGAUAUAGUUGAAUGUACCUAAACGACAAGCCUCCUAAGUUUUGCGAUUUUUUUUCCUGUGAGAUUAAAAUUUUGGCAGCGAAUUUUCCCGCAGUCUUCAGCGGAAAACGUCAGUGAGUAGAAGUGUUUUUUAGAGGCGGAACAAAAAUAGCGCUGAAGAGCUAGUGAAUUAUAGUGCUAAAGAUUAGCGAAGCUCUUUGUUCGUUUGAACGAAAAAAUGGUCGUGAUUCUAUAGACUACAAAACUAAAAACUGAAAUUGGUUUUUGAGACGUUAUGCAAAUUUUUAGUGGCAAUUAUGUACAGUGAGUACAAAAAGUACAGCAAAUUUUGCUUUGGUGGCGGAAUAGUUUCGCUACUUGGCCUUGUCGGUUAUGAAGCCUACCGCAUGCACGCGGCGCUGAGUAGUUUAAUCGACACCCGAGUUCUGGACAUCGACCGGAAGCGGCCGGAUUACAUCUACAUCAAGCAUCACAUCUAUCGGCAGUCCCUGCUGGAACAGCUGGAACAGGAGCAGCAGAACAGUAAGCUGGUCAAUGUGGUUGUUCAUCCUUUCGGCAAGUGGUGGAAGGCGCUGAAGCAUUCGGUUGCCUGGCGCCUACUGCGAAUCGCCCAGAAGGGCGAGCAAAGCGAGCGGCUGAAGGCGAUCAAGCAGUUGGCUUUGAUUGAUCAUUUGAAAGAUUGGGAUUUUCAGCAUUUGGCUCAACUUUGUGAUGCCCAAACGGCGGUUUCUCUAGCGCGGUCGAACUGUGAUUCACGUUGGUUUCUACCACCACGCCAGUAUGGGGUGGAGAAGGAAAUUCACGAUGUACUGGCCGGAAUCAAGGGUCUAAUCGAAAAGUUGAUUCCGGAUCGGUGCGCAGCAUACGUGCUGGAGCAUACAUUUGCUGCCCAUCACAUCAAGGAACCCGUGGGAGACGACGGUAUCGACUAUCGGCUAAGUCUUUCCCGAUUUGAGCAAGAACUGCUGAAGCAAGCACUGAGUGCGUUGGUUCAUUUAACCAUUGCAAAGGAAAACUGUCUGAAAAUCAUUGACGCUGGUGGUUUGCUGGCGCUGAUUGAAGCGGAAAAAAUAUUUAAAGAUAACAUUGACGUGAAGCUGAUCAUCUCCCGGAUCAUUGCUAACCUGUCGGUUUGCGGUGAUCGAGCUUAUGACUUUUUCGCGAGUGGCUGGAUUAGCAUAUUGUCUCGCUGGCAGAAGGACGUUGACAUGCGAAUGCAGGUGACGACUGAUUUGACCCUUUCGAACCUCGAUCGAGAUGAUCCGAACGGCUUUAGCUACGAGUCGAACGUCUAUCCGCUCUAUCCGAAAGGUCGCAGGAAACGAAAGCCCGAUGUGGAUGUGGUUUUUAUUCAUGGCCUGCUAGGAGGAGUAUUUGUUACGUGGCGUCAGAAGGAUUUGAAGCCGCAAGCGGCUAGUCUUCUAGGUAAGAAACAUUCAUCCGUAAAUCUAGUGUCUUCCAAUGAAAAGCACGCCAAAGUAUCGGCUAUCAACUCGCCAACAACCACGAAUCCGAAGUCAUCCGAAGGAGGUGAUAAAUUCCCUCGCCGGUUCAUCCGCUUGUUUCGUUGGUCUGCGAAAAAAUCAUCCUUUGAUGAAGGCAACCAAGAACAGCAGCAGCAGCUGCUGCCUGCAGAGGAUAACGCAGAAGAAGGCAUUGCCCCGUACAAGGACGAGCUGCUGACCCUGCAGCCAACGCCGCCGAAGCGGCACCCGUCGAUCAGUGACACCGCCACCCAGGAGCUCAUUCAAGCCCUGCAGGAGGACGAACCGCUCAGCUCGGAAUGGUCGGUCGUUUUUCCCGAUCUGCCGCUGGUGGCAGACGAGAAGUAUACCAGUCCACGGGUGCGCAACACCGAAGGCCGCUACAGUGUGUCCGGCGAGCAGUGGUUGCGUGAGCCACUCGGGGACGAGUCCGUAGGCCGCUCGUUCUGCUGGCCAAUGGAGUGGCUGCCGAAGGAUUUUCCCAACAUUCGAGUCAUCGGACUGAACUACGAUUCCUCGCUGUCCCAGUGGUCCGCUAGUGGUUGUCCGUGUGAAAAGUACGACGGUAAGCUGGAGAAGCGAGCAAUGGAAUUCCUGAAAAAGCUAGCCAAUUCGAACGUCGGUCAGGAUCGACCCGUGGUUUGGGUUGGCCAUUCGAUGGGUGGUCUACUAGUCAAAAGCAUCAUCGUACAGGCUGCCAGCAGUGACGAUCCAGCCGUUCGUCGAAUCGCUCACAAUUCUCGUGCCAUAAUGUUUCUCGGAACGCCCCAUCGGGGCAGUUCUGUAGCCAAACUGAAACAACACACAUCCGCGCUGGUUUGGCCGUCAGUCGAGGUCCGCGAACUGGAGGAAAACUCCAAACAACUGUUACAUUUGAACAAAACUUUCCUCAAAACAAUUACGGGUUUCCGUCGGAAACCGGAGAUUGUGAGCAUCUGCGAAGGACGGCCCACGGUGCUGACUUCGUUCAAGCUGACCUUUCACAUCGUUCCGGAGCGUUCCGCUCGGAUCGACGAAGGGGACUUCUAUCUGACCGGAGACGAUCACCUCAAUCUCAGCAAACCGGUCUGCCGGCAGUCAUUCCUGUACCAAAGACUGAUCGGAGCGAUCUGGUGUGCCACGCAGUCCGCCAACGAGUGCGGCAGCGAAACGGACGAGCGCGAAGAGAAGCUUCUGGACGAGAAAGGUCAUGACAACGGUAAGAAAGCACACAAUACGGUGUUCAACGAUGUGUACAGGCGGUUGAAACAGAUGGACAAGAUGUUCAAUAUUUUUCUCUAGGUGACAUAUUUCGCUGGUAACUUUUACUGUUGAUUUUACCUAUAUUUAUUGCAAUUUAAUG